GUUUUUUUAAUGAGCAAAUUUAACUGUCAAAUAGAAGUCUGUCAUUCUGUUAAUAGCCUCCUCGUCUGCUAGCACAGAUUAACUGUGUCUCUUAAACUAGCUACGCCACAUGCUAUGAUAAGAUACAUGAAUAACAUCAAAUUCUCCAUCGUUGUUUGCGGGUUUUGGCAGUCUGCGGUGAGGUAGCUUGGAGUCCUCCAGGAAAUGGCGACACUGUGCGUAUGCUGUACCCGCAGAGAGGACGCACCAACUGGGAGGAGAAAGUAGCAACAGCAACAGGCGUCAUUAGCCUCUAGCAGCGCUUCAAGGGAAGGAACAUGAGCGACGCCAAUCAGCCCAAAGUUGAGCUUUUUGUGAAGGCAGGGAGCGAUGGGCAGAGCAUUGGAAACUGUCCCUUCUCUCAACGUCUCUUCAUGUUGUUGUGGCUAAAAGGAGUGACGUUUGACGUUACUACAGUGGACAUGAGGAGGAAACCCGACAUCCUAAACAACCUGGCUCCGGGUGCCCAACCACCCUUCCUGCUGUACGGCAGCGAGGUGAAAACUGACACCAACAAGAUCGAGGAGUUCCUGGAGGAAAACCUCAGCCCCCCCAAGUAUCCGCGCCUAGCCGCUCGGAACCCAGAGUCGAACACAGCAGGCAUGGAUGUCUUCUCCAAGUUCUCAGCUUACAUCAAAAACUCCAACCCUCAGACUAAUGAAAAUCUAGAGAAAGGCGUUCUGAAGGCUCUGAAGAAGCUCGACGAGUACCUCGGCUCCCCACUUCCUGACGAAAUUGAUGAAAACAGCGCAGAUGAAGUCACUUCCUCAUCUCGCCCCUUCCUUGAUGGCCACGAUCUUACGCUGGCUGACUGCAACUUGCUUCCAAAGCUCCACAUUGUGAAGGUUGUGUGUUUAAAGUACCGAAACUUCAGCAUCCCCCAGUCUCUGACCAACCUGUGGAGGUACCUGAAUGCAGCAUACGCCCGGGACGAGUUUGCCUCCACCUGUCCAAUCGAUGAUGAGAUCCACAUGGCUUAUUCUUCUGUAGCCAAAGCUCUCAAGUAGGAGGUGGAAAACGUUACAUAGCAGCGAUAUGUACUUUAGUGUACAACAGUAACAACACAUCCACAUCUACAGUAUAUAAUCCAAGUUUUUACAAUUGCUUUGCCAUGUCAAACUAUUGCUUGAAACUGGUUGGGUUUUUUAUUUUAUUUUUUUUACUUUAUUGUGUUAGGUAUAGCAAGGAAGCACAUACGGCAAAAAUGCAUGAAUGGAUCAACGAUCAAUCAAUCAGGGGUUGAUGUACAUUUUCUGUCCCAGCAUGUAAAGGCAUGCCUGGGUGAGUUUGGUGUGGAAGAACUUGACUGGUCCUCAGAUACACUCGUAGGAAGUCCAAAAACUGAUAUUUCUUCAAAUUUCAGUACUCUUUUCCUUAUAAAUGUCUGCAAUAACAACAAACAUUCACAGUGAAUUGGUUGCUUAUGUGCACAGGCUCGACACAUACAGUGGGGGGAAAUAAUUAUUUGAGCAUACAGCAACAAAAAUCUCGAAAAAUAACAUAAAUGAGUUAGCAUUUGAUUAGGUGUAGUAUUUGAUCCCCAAGCAAAAAGUGGCGUAGUACUUAGCACAGGUUUCUUGUAGUUGCUGACCGUGGUCGCACACAUCUCCGGAUGCAUUUUUGGCCACUCUUCUUUACAGAUAUGCUCCAAAACCUACAAAUUUUGAGGCUGUCGCUUGGCAACUCAAAAAUUUGAGCUCCCUCCACAGAUUUCCAGUGAGUCUAAGGUCUGGAGACUUCUCGAGACACCUGUUUGUUGUCUUGGCAGUAUGUUCUGAGUCACCGUCAUGCUGGAAGACCCACCCGUGACCCGUCUUCAGUGUUCUGGCUGAGGCCAAGAGCUUCUGAUCCAAGAUUCUAUGGUACAGCAGGCCCUCAAGACCCCUAGCCUUAGCAGAGAAACAUCGCCAAAGCAGUAGGAAUGGUGCCGUUGUGGUCAAAUUCAGCAUUCCGGUGUCAUCAAAUGCAUGAAGUUGAGCAAAAUAUUGGUAUCAUGUGACCACAUCACGUUCUCCCAAGCCUUCUGAAUCAUUCCUGUGUUCAUUCAAACAUCAGGCGGGGAUGUACAGCCUCAUCCCAGUGUGUUCCUCAUGGUUUUCAUGGUCCCUUUAGGUCAUUAACCAGACUGUAAUUCUGGGCCGAUCCCUCACCUUUCCCCCAUUAAUCCACUUCCUAAAAGGUGGAAUCUUGCAUGGAGCUCCAGAGCGAUGGCGAAGACCAUUUUGUAUUUCUUCCAUUCCCAAAUUAUUGCACCAACGGUGGUCUUUCUCUCUCAGCUUCCAGUUGUCCCGUCUUGUGCAGUUCUCCAAUGGUCCUUGACAGCUCUUUGGUCUUGGAAGAGACAGUUUCUGUGGCAGGUGUGACAUAACAUAACAUAACUGUCCAAUUAGAGAUAAUUGACGAUAUAUUAUUCAGAUCACACGUCCAGGCAUUGUAAAUCUAUUGUUCACAUGAAUUGGUUAUUGCAUACGUGACGCAACAAGGCCUUUUACAGUUUAGAACGUGUAUCUGCAUGCAAACCUUUUGAGUCACACAAUAGGGCGGAAGGGGGUGUAGAGUUGGACUCGUUUUGAGGAGGCAGUUACCGAGACAGGAAACCAUUUCAAUAGAGUCAAGCUUCCCCUUUUCACGUCUUCCUGCAGAGCAGCUGUGGAGGACGACUUGGUGUGGUCCGCUGCUGCAAAGAGCCUAAUGUUACGAAAGUUUGCAUGAAUUCACUAUUGAGUAUUAGUGCCGGGAUGAAAAAAAAUCAUUACAAAAAUGUUGUAAUUUUACAAGAUUAAAGUGGUAAUAUUACUUGGAAAAAAGCUUCAUGGUACAAGAAUAAAGUCAGAUUUUCUUUUAGAAAAAAAUAUCAAUAUAUAUACUGUAUAUAUUUAAAAAAAAAAAAAAGUAUUAAAGUUUUUUCCAAAAAUUAUUUUCAUAUUAAAAAAAAUAAUACAAUAGAAACAAUUUUUUAAACAAUUCUUCAUUUUAAAAAAACAGCAUUAUAAUACAUAAUAUUGUAAUUUAAUACAAUAAUAUUAUCAUGUUGGGUUAAAAAAAUACUUUCAUGUAAAAAAAAAAACCCAUUAUGGUAUUAGUAAUAUUAAGAGAAUAAAACUUGAUUUAAUCACUGAUUUAAAAAAUGUCUGUCGCUGUCUGUAUCUCGUCCUUCCAUAUAUUAAUCAUUAAACAUUUGCUUAAAAAUAAGUUCUAAACGAUUCAACAAACCCCAAAAAGAAAAAAACACAAACAUUUACACACUCACAUUCAUAUUAAACUGCUGAAGGUGUUACUAAAAGAAGCAUAAAACAAAGCUUCUCUGACAAUUACACCUUUUUUCUCCUAAAAUAACACAUUUAUUAUUGUGCUAUUAUUACUUUUUUGUCAUAUUAUAGAGUUUAUGACAUUUUCUCAAAAUCCUAUGACUAUUCUUCAAGGUAUUGUUGUAAAAUAAUAACUUUAUUCUCAUAAAAUUGCAUUUUUUCCCCCCCAUAGAUUUACUAUCUCCCCUCAACCUCAAAAAAUAGGGAUUACAUUUUUGUGAUCUUUAUUAAUUGUUGUCAGUAUGGUCCUGCAAUUCUGAUUUUUACUUUGUAAAAGUUACAUUUUAUAAUAGUACAACAUACAUCAACUUUAUCCUCAUAAAAUUGCAAUUUUUCCCAUAAAAUUCUUAUUUUAUGAAUUAUUUUUAUUAUUAUUAUUAUUAUUAAAUUAUUCCUGUAGGAUUUUAAGAUUUUUUUGUCUUACGUAAACACUUUUUCUCAUCACAUUGCGACUUUAUUCUCAUAAAAUUCAGAUUUAUCAUAACCUUAAUCUUGUAAAAUGUGCUUUUGUUGUCAUAAUAGUAUAACUUUUUUUUCAAAGUAUGACUAUAUGUGAAAUACAUUUUUUCUCACAAAAUUGCACAAAUAAAAAUUGCAUAAAUAAAAUUACUAUUAUUUCCCCCCUCCAUAAAAUUAUGACUUAAUUCUUGAAAUAUUAGAUCUUUAUUCUUGUAGGAUUUCAACAUUUUUGGUCAAGUUGUGACUUUUUUCUCCGAGACUUUUGACUUUGGUCAUUGCGACUUUAUUCUCAUAAAAUUAUGAGUUAUUAUGAUCUUAAUCUUGUAAAAUGUCCUUUAAUAAUAUCAAUUUUUGUGACUGUAUUCUUGUAAUAUAACAAUUAUUAUUAUUUCCCUGCAUAAAAUCUUGACUUGAUGCUUGUAAUACUGCAUCCUUAUCCCUGUAGGAGUUCUCAUAAUAUUAAGAUUCUUUUCUUGUCAAAUUUCAGCCUUUUUUUGGGAUUACAGUACAACGUUUCAAUUUAUCUCAGGAGCGUUGUGAUUUUUUUCCCCUUUCAAUUACAAUUUUAUUCUCAUAAAGGACAAUAAGGUUAAGCUUGACUGUGCCCUUAACUUGUCUACAUAUCGGAGAAAAGAGAAAUGCAUCUGUGUGUUAGUGCUGAGUAGAUGUGAAGCCUUGUAUUUAUUCUGAACUUGUGUUGGCUUUGUGGAUCUGGACCGUGAAGGGCCAUUAUUGGAACUGAGCCCACAAUCACCACAGUGAAAAAGGGACUCAAGAGUGUGCACGACAUCCUAUCAUGUCGCCGGGGACGAAUACAAAACCUUAACUUUGUGAACAGGACUGUAACUGGAUUGGACGCUGUUAGCAUGGCUUGUUCUAUCUGUACUUGCAGCUUUUUAGCUACCAUUAGGCUCUGUGCUAAGUCACUGUUGUUGAAGGCUUCCCGGAAUUCAAAAACUAUUUUAACUUCAUGCACUAUAGCCUUUACGGGUCAACUUAAUUUGACCUUUUGAAUGCACAUGUCCAACUAUUUGAUGUUUCAGUAUGUUUUGCACAACUUGGUGUCACAUCCAUAAAUGGACCAAUAAAUGUCGUGCUUCAAUUCUAGCGGCCACUGAGCUUAGAAUGUCAUCAGCAGCUUGCAAAAAGAGCUACGAAGAAAGUGGAACGUUUGAAAAAAGAAUGUCAUUGCUGUGAACUUUGCUGUUAGAGAACAGCAAGUUGUGCAAAAGGGACACAUUGAACAGUUGGACAUGUGCAUUCAAAAGUUUAGAGGUCAAGUUUACCCCCCCCCCCCCUGUAAUAAUGGAUUACAUUUUAUAGCGCGACAGAAUGAAGUGAACACAUUCAUUCACUCCUCAGUCACACGCUGGUGGUGGUAAACUACAUCUGUAUCCACAGCUGCUCUGGGGUAGUCUUACAGAAACGUGGCUGCCAUUUCGCGCCUACAGCCUCUCUGACCGCCACCAAACAUUCGUUCACAUUCAUACACCCGUGUGGCAAGGUGGGUGACGUGUCUUGCCCAGGGACACGACAACAGUGACUGGGUGGAGGUAGCGAGGAUCGAACUGCCAACCUUCCAAUCUCUGGACGACCUGCUCUACCUCCUGUAAAAGGUUACAGUGCAUUUUAGCUUCAUCCUGGCAUUUCACCGGAAAGCCAAAUACAGCCAAACCUCGGUUUUUGUAUGAAUCGGUUUUCGUCUGAAAUUUUUGCCAAAAAUGUUGUACACUGUCUUGGUUUUUGUACACAACAAACUAGUCCGUUUGCCCUCUAGUGUCUCGUUCCACGAAUUCCCACUGCAAAAUAACUCGCCAUGGGGCCACAGCAAGUGCAAUUUGAUAAAAAAAAAGGUGAGAAACCCGAUAGAAUUCACCUGAAUGUACAGGAAGUCCAAAUCAACAAUAAGUUCCAUCCAUUCGUCAUUAUUUCACAUUGUUUUUCUCCAUCUACAAGUGGAAUUAUUCUCUAUAAAAAUGUAUUCUUGUUCAUAUUUGUGGGUGAGUGGAACAGAGUAAUUGGAUUUACAUUAUUUCCUGCGGGGGAAAAACUGCCUCGGUUUUUGUCUGGCCUUUUGGAAUGAAUUAAUAAGGAAAAGCGAGGUACCACUGCACCCCGAACUUAUUGUGAGUGCUGUGUGUCUUUGUACUGAACUGCAUGCAACCUUUAAACCACCUAAGUGCAAUUUAAGAGGGGGGAAAAAAGCUAAUUUUGUACACGGUCUUGACAUUUUGCUACUUCAACUUCUUCCUAAAUUGCAUUUUCACUUGACUGAACUGUUUGCUCGGUGAGUCAAUGAAAGAGACGUCGUCUAAAUAUUUUCGGACUGUAUUUUUUAGCGGUCGAAGAAUUUUAUACAUUUUCAGGGGUCAGCUAACUCGCGUUAAAAUGUUACUGUUUUUGUGUUGUUCGCUGCGUCUUUUCACUCUUUUUGUAGCCUGACGCCAUGCAUGCUCUUUUCCGUUGACUGGUUUCGCCAUUUUCAUCGUGUUUUGUGUUCGCUUACACGCGGUUAUGUAACAGCUGUCGCACUUACACGUCCACAGAAGGGUGGACGCUAAGCCUGAAUCACAUUGACCAUCAACCUAAUUGUUUUUGGUUUUGUACUUGGGAAAUCCACAUUUCAUUGGUGCAUUCCUUCAAAAUAAAGUGUCUUAAGAAGUAAGUGGUGUGUGCCUUCGCUCCACAUAACAGUGGGAUAUCUACUAAUGCAACAGGCGAGGUAUUGUGCUUUAUGUGCAUCAUGUGACAUUAUGUAGCAGCAGUUACAAGACUAAAUUGUGAUAUUGUUGCUUUAGAAUUCAGUAUCUGUUUGAUUAAAGACAAUAUUUGCUUUGACAACUCA